GUGACGUCGACGUGCAAACCUGCGCCCAAUGAGGCGUCUACGUAUAUAUGUCUGUGGCUGCGACGUCCCAAACCAGGAUCAACACUCGGAAACAACCAAAGGACCCCCACAGACCGAACCAGCUGCGGCCAGUACACGAUACGGGAUUAGAGUUUUUAUUUAUUUUUUAUUAAGCACUUUAAGUUAUUUGUACGUAGUUAUAGUUACCGGCUCGUUAAAAAUAGCAAAGCAGGUUUAAAGAGAGGACACCAGAGACUGCAGGAACUCAGGGUUUAACCUCGGCUGCAGCCAGGAAGCAGAAUAAAUGGAGAACCUGCACCCCCACUGCCUGAAAUGCAUCAACAGGAGGUGCAUGGCCAGGCCGGAGCCGGGCGUCUGCUGCGACCUGAUGGGCUGCCCUCUCGUUUGCGGGGCGGUUUUUCACUCCUGCAAGCUGGACGAACACCGUCUCCUGUGUCCGUACGAAAGACUGCCGUGCCUGAACAGCGGCUUCGGGUGCCCCUUCACCAUCAUGAGGAUCAAAAUGGCGCAGCAUCUGGAGACGUGCCCGGCCAGCAUAGUGUGUUGCACUAUGGAGUGGAACCGGUGGCCCGUCAGCUACGCCGACCAGAAGUCCUACGAAAACCUCAGUAAAGACUUUGAUGAGGUGGAGCAGCUGGACAUGGCUCUGGCUCUCCAGGAUCAGAGGAUGCUCUUGGAGUCCCUGAAGGUCACGACCAACGUGUCGAAGAAUGGCGACGCAGGCGAGGGCGGUAAAGUGGCCGCCGCGUUGGUCUCGGGCGACGAAGCGGUAGAAAUGGAGCAAGAGCCGUACGGCGGCUUGUCCAGAGCUUCACCGGAGACGGCCAGGAGUUUAGCUGCCGCCCUGGACAUCCUCACUACGCCCAACAACAUCGGCGCGGUUGUCGAAAACCUAAACGGCGAAAAGACCGAUAAGAACGGAGCGCUCCAUAGUGGAGAAAACGGGGAUUGCGGGUUUGCUGCUGACGGCGGGAGGAACGUAGAAAUGCGCGAGAGCGACGGUGAUCCGGAGUGUGAGCUGGGAGCCGUGGGCGGAGUGGACCGCGCCGUGGAGACGGACGACGCCAACGCUAACCUGGCCGAGCAGAUCAAUUUCGUGGAGUUGCGCUUUGAAGACAGGGAGCCCGAAAUUCCCGCGGCAGUUCCCAAUGGCGGCCGUUUCUGGCCGCCGAUCCCUCAGGGCUACCUGCCCCGCCUUGCUCCGGAGCCGCUGAUGCCUCAGCAGGUGCCCCUCGCACCACAGAUGCCGUUCUUGAUGUCCGAUCGCGUGAUAGGCGGCUUCUUGCAGCAGCUUCCCCCCGAGGUCCGGUACAGGUGCUUGAAGCGGGAGCUGCAGCGGGUGGACGCGCUCCGAGGCAUCAGCAUGUACACGCUGGACGGCUGCCGCGCCCUGCUCUCUGACCCUUACUUGUUUCGAGCCAAAAUGGAGGACAAGGCGGUGGACACGUCAGACCUGGAGGUGGAGGAGGAUCCCAUGGGCCUCCACGGCAUCGACAUCAUCACGGCGGCGCUGCUGUUUUGCCUCGGCGACUCCCCGGGCGGCAGGGGGAUCUCCGACAGCCGGUUCGUCGACGGCUACCACAUUGACUUCGGCACGCAGACGUUCUCCUUCCCCUCGGCCAUCCUCGCCACCAACACCAUGGUGGGCGACGUCUCCUCGGCCUCGGCCUGCGACCACGCCAGCCCGCAGCUCUCCAACCCCAGUCCCUUCCACACGCUGCGGCUGGACCUGGUGCUGGAGUGCGUGGCGCGCUACCAGACCAAGCAGCGCUCCAUGUUCACGUUCGUGUGCGGGCAGCUCUUCCGACGGGACGAGUUCUCGUCGCACUUCAAGAACGUCCACGGGGACAUCCACGCGGGGCUCAACGGCUGGAUGGAGCAGCGCUGCCCCCUGGCGUACUACGGCUGCACCUACUCCCAGAGGCGCUUCUGUCCCUCCGUGCAGGGCUUUCGGAUCAUCCACGACAGACACCUGGGCUCUUUCGGGGUGAAGCCCGGUCCGCCCGCGAAAGCGGGAGACGGCCACUCGAGGAGGGGCCCCCGCAUCGACUCGCAGUGCGAUCAGCUCAGCGGCCUUCCCUUUGAGGUGUUGCAGUACAUAGCCAGCUUUCUGGACAGCUUCAGCCUCUGCCAGCUGUCCAGAGCGUCUCGCACCAUGCGGGACGUGUGCGCCAGUCUGCUUCAGAUGCGCGGCAUGGUGGUCCUGCUGUGGGAGAAGAAACGACGGGAUGACGGCUCGCCCUCAUGGCAAAUAACACACAAGGUGUGGCGCUUCAGCACAGCCUUCGGCUCCGUCAAUGAGUGGAAGUUCGCGGACAUCGCCAGCAUGGCCGACCACCUGAAGAAGUGCAAGUUCAACACCAUCGCCCGGCGGGAGGACGCCGUCCCUCUGCCGUGCAUGUGCUUCACCAGAGAGCUCACCAAAGAGGGCAGAUGUUUACGGUCUGUUCUCAAACCAGUAGCUUAAGCCGCGAUGGGAUUCUUGUUCCAAACUUUUUUUUUUUUUUUUUUACACCGACCAAGACAACUUUAAUACACCUGUACUUCCAUCAGUGUUUACAGACUUUGAUCUCUUCACACGUUAAAAACUCCAGCUCCAAUCGGAGCAUCAUCUAUUUCUGGAUUUCUUUUGCUUCUCUUUGCUUCACACCGGACAAAGUCGGCCGGCUCACGUUAAAAUCCAGCCGCCGUGAAAUCGGGCGCCCUCACUGAAACGUCGAUCCGCUCUGUGUCGAUCUGUUUCUAAUAGAGAUGCACCCAUCAGGCUUUCACUGACCGGCACCGAUUUCCAGUUUUCUUUACCUGCUGAUUCUGUUUUUCUUCUUUAGAAGAAAUGUGAGUAGAACUGUGUCUCAGGCUCUUUUUAUAGAGAAGUUUUGAAUGAGGGCUGAACGACAUAAGGAAAAUAUGACGCUGCUAUCGCUAUCAGUGAUGGUUAACCUAAAUUUUCCCCACUACUCACUUUCUAUUCCAGCAUCACAAAGCUCUAGAUCAGGGAAGGACGUAGAGAAUAGUGACACACCACCUCAGCAGCAAAAUAUAUUCCUGAAUGAAUGGCAGCCAGUGUCGUUUGCCCUACCCUAGUAAAUGUUACAUCUAAGCAGUCCUCUGCAAAAGGCAACAUUUAUGGGGGGAAAGACAAAAGCCUAUAACCUAAAGAUGAGUUUAGCUAAAGUCAAGGAAGCUCAUUAAUGUCCAGAUCGAAUAUGUUGCCAGUACUUGGGUUUGAUGUUUUUAAUAAUUAGGAGAAAAUAUUGUCCAGUAACUGAACCGUUGAUCAGGGAAGAAUUGGCUGAUUCCAAUAUCUUACUGAAUAUUGAUGAUCAGGCUGUUAAGAGCUUCUCAGUGAGACGCCAUUACUGCCUUUAGCUGGAACACAUCACUGGUUUCGUCAUAUUGUCUCCUGAUCUGGUUAAAAUCCAGAUUUCACAGCUUUGAUAGAUCACCAGUAUUGCCGCGUCGACGUCGGUGCGCUUUGUGGUUCGCCGUGAAAUACAAUUACACUAAUGUCGUGUUUUUCUUCACCUUUCUUACAUUUCAAGGUAAUAAUCUGGCCUCUCAUUGGGGGUGAGACAUUAAAACACUAUUCUCCAGGCCAUUUGGCCGUACUUCUUCUUUUCUACAAGUUUCACCAGCAGAUUUUUGUAGGUUCUUUGCCAAAAAUGUAGUUGGAUCAACGUAACGACUGAAUGUGCUCGGUGGAAAACACGAGCUACUUUGAGUUCACCAAGUGUGUUACCUCACGACACCCUGCUGGCCAGGUUUUAAGAAACAUAACCACCCGUUCUGGACAUAACUACUUCUUUCCGUCUGUGGAUUGGCGAGUGUCGUUUUUGCCAUUUUCUGCCAGGUGGGGGGGAAAUGGAUGGCGUCUCAGGGUUUCAGGAGGAGUUUUUGUCUGGAUGGCCUUUGUGAGCCCCCGGUUACAGUGUGGGUCUCCAAGCUGACGCAGUAUUAUGAGCACAGGUUGUAGUGCGGGAAUACGGAAAAUCAAGUUUGUAAAGUUUGUUUUAAUUGUUAAAAUGGACUCUUCUAAUACUGUGGAUCAUUUUAGUAGCAUAAAAACAUAUUCUUAAAACGCCAUGUAGUUUGUUUGCGUUUGAAACAAAUGCUUGAAUCAUGUAUUUUUUUUUUUUUUAAAUAAAGAGAUGGUUGAAAAUGUCCCAAAAGAUUAGGAGUCAUAAAUUUGAUAUUUUGAGGUUGUUGUGUGUGUGUGUUUUUUUUUUUUUUUUUUUUUUUUUUUUU